AUGGGGUAUUGUUCUGUUCCUUUUUGUGGUUACAUUUCGAAUACAAAUAAAGGAUUUAGUGUGCCUUUUAAAAAUCCAGUUAGAUGGCAGCAAUGGGCAAGUGCAUGUCCAUUUUUAUUAAGUUAUAGCCCAAACAAAAUAAAAUAUGCUAGAAUUUGUAGGAAACAUUUUCUACCUCAACAUAUAAUUGAGAAUAAUAAGUUAACACUAGACGCAGUUCCUUCAUUACAUUUAUCACUAACUUCAGAUGGGUUAAGUGGAGAACCGAAAUCUCAGUUCAACAAACCUGUAGAACAGCAAUUAACAAAUAAAGUAAAACACUCUUCAAAUAUAGAAAUUAGGCAUCAAGAUAAGAAGCUUGUUAUUGAACCAAUUAUCAAUGUUGCGGAAUUUUCACGGAAUCCAUCUUCCUUCAUAUAUGUUCCAUCGAGCCCUAAAAAUUCAAAUGAGAACGAAUCUGUGGGAAUUGAUACAGAUUUAGUUAAUUUGCCUAACUGCCACCAAGAGUCAUUAUCUGUACAAGAAACUCAGUCAAGUAGCUUAAUGGCACAGAAUUAUAACAUAACACAAGGAAUGCCUCAAUUAAUUAACUUGGAUAAACAAUGUUUUACUAAAUAUAAUCCUUAUUUAUAUUUAUUUAAUAAUACAUUAGUUGAAAUACCUGAAACCAGUCAGUUAGAGGAAAAAAAUUCAAAUAUAUUACAAAAAGAUCUCGAGACAAGACAUUUUGAAGAACAAGACUCUGAAGUUAUAGAAGAAAGUUGCUUUGAUAAUAUUAAUGAAUGUAUUUCAAGGUUGAAAAAUAUAUGUUAUGCUUGUUUAAGUGAAGAUAGAAACUUAACAAAAUUGGCUGAAAUUAAUGACGGCAUCAACAAUUUAUUAUAUUUAGUAUCUUGCAAUGAAGAGGCAUAUGAGGAACUAAGUAAUUACAUACAUGAAGUUUACAUUUGCUGGGAAUGCAAGGCAUUGAUGAACAGGUUUUGCAAAUUUAGGGACCAAGUGUGCAUGGCUCAGAAACAAUUAAAGGAAAUGAAUGGCAAUAAAUGCCAAAAUCUAUCCAAAUUGUCGGAACACUAUCAAAAUUUCUAUAAUUAUGAAAUCGACAGUACAAAUGUACCAGAUACUUUAAAAUCUAAAGAAGAUCUUACAUGUGAUGAAUUAAAUUCAUUGCCACAUACAAAACAAAAUGGAAAAAAAAGAAAUAGUGGUUAUAUUGUAGAUAAUAAUAAGCAUUAUUUAACUAUACAAAUGAGUGCUUCGGAGUUGAGCGAGGACAUGCAUGAAAGAAAAUUAGAUCCAAAUUUCAUUGCCGCUACAUAUAAAUGUACAACUUGUAUUAAAAUAUUUAAAGAUGAAGAGGAAUUGAAUAAGCAUGUGACUGAUUAUCAUAAAAAACCAGUGCAUGUAAUGUGUUAUAUAUGCGAGGCUUAUGUCAAAUAUGAAUGGCACAAGGAACACAGUGACAGCCAUUUUGUGAAAUAUAAAUGUCACAAUUGCUAUGAAGAUUUUUAUUCCUCACUUGAAAUUUUGGAACAUUUGUAUGAAACACAUAAUGUGAAGGAUACGUAUGAAGAAAUAAUUAAGCAAAAAUUGCAUUCUAUGAAAGAGUUGAGAGUGAAACCUUUGGUUUUAUAUUCACCCAGCGCUCGGACAUUUUGUUACGUUUGCUCCCGAUGCAAUCAAUGUUAUGUCUCGAAAACUGAAAUUAAUAUGAGAUGUGAACCUUGCACCAAGAUAUUGGAAACGAUUGAACCAAAGUACGGGAAGAAUUCGAAAGUACGCUUUUUUGGUGAAAAUAAUGCAACUGAAAACAAAAUACUUAAAGAAAAAAUAAAAUUAGAGCCAAACGAUAAGUUGCAAGCGCAAGAUGACGUGCACAGGAAAAGCUUUACUGGUUCUGGUGACAAAUUAUUGUGUGGAAAACGAGAAAAAAUAUUUAUUAAGGAUACCACUAAAUAUAUUAUAUAUGAUCACGGAUAUGCCAAAACGCCAGAGUCUAAUCAUGACAGAGCCAAAACAGAUAAUAAUGGAUCUUUAUUCCUUAAAUUAGACUCAAAUAAUACAGACACUGGCCAAAUUAAUAUAGAAAACGGUUCUGAUGAACCAAAUGUAGAAAUUGAAUGUAAGAAGGAAUACCAAGACAUCGUGAAUUCUAUAUCUGACAAAGAUGAUAUAGAAACUGCAGAAAUAAAUGAUAUUGGAAAUGUUCAAAACGUACGUUACGCCAUAUAUAAUUUAUCAGAAUUUCUUAAAAUACACGCUGAUAAGUCUAAUUAUGAAGAAACACACCAAGAAACUAACAUAACGGAACAGACAACUGAAGGAACAAAGGAAAAAACUGAUAUAACGGAAGAGAUAACAGAGAUUAAAACAGAAAUAACGGAAGCGGAUACUAAAGUAACGGAAGAGAGAUCUGAAGAAGACUUCAUAUCAGAUCCGGAUCAUCCAAUGAAUAAGAUAAUAAGCAAAUAUGAAGCCCAUUAUACAGUGAUCAAAAUGAAGGUAACGGAAAUGCAGGAUAGUUUAAGUCAACGAAAGUUAUUGCCAAAAUUCACGGAAGCGAUGCAUAAAUGCGAGUUUUGUAUUGAAAUUUUUAAUAAUCAUCAAGAAAGGCAAGCGCAUACAAUACUUGUUCAUGUAAAGCCAUCUUCAACUAUCCCGCAUACGUUUUGUAAUAUAUGUAAAAUAUAUAUUAAGAAUAGAUACUACAAAGAGCACAGAUAUAAUCAUUUUUUGAAAUAUUUUUGCCAUUAUUGUGACUACGUGGCGUUUAAUAUUUGGGUUGUUUUAAAACAUCUGAAUAUAGCUCACGCUUGUAAAGUCUACUCGAGAAAUGAAGAGAAUUGGCUAAAAGGAAGACUUCAACUCACAAACCCAGGAACACGCCCUCUCAAUGUAGAUAUGAGCGCGAAUGAACACUCAAACUUGGGAUACAUAUGUUUGAUAUGCGAGGAGCUGUUUGCGACUUUGGAACUCAGAAAUAAACACAAUCGCCUUAACCACCACGAAUAUCGUCGCAAAGUAACCACACCGAAACGUAAAUGUUUUUAUUGCAAGAAAAUGUUUCGAAGGCUGACGAAACUUAAAGAACAUGAACUGAAACAUAAAUUACCGCCUGUUUUCAAGUCAUGUCCGAUUUGCGAGAAAGAAGUCACGAACAUGACCGUACAUAUGCGUGUACAUAGAAGGAUACCGAUGAGCUGCGCCGAAUGUGAUAGAGUUUAUCCCAGCCGGAAAGCAUAUUUAAAUCACCUGAGAUACACUACAUUACAUAGUGGCGAUAAGGUUUAUAAAUAUCAAUGUAAUUUAUGCGACAAACGCUUCAUAAAAAAAUCGGCCCGACGGGACCACAUCGACUACACGCACAGAGGUAUCGGGUUCGAGUGCAGCUUAUGUCGUAAGAUGUUUGCAUCUACAGCGCAUUUGUGUAAUCAUAUGGAUCGCGUACAUCGCGGUGUUAACAGAGAAUACCUUUGUCCUGCUUGUGGGAUAGUUUGUAAAAAUAGGCAUAUUUUAAGAGAUCACGAGCUAUUUCAUUCGGGGGGUCACGUGACAUGUGACGUGUGCGGCAGCGAGUUCAGGAAAUACACCUCGCUAAGCAGCCAUAAGUAUCAUGUACAUAGAAGUGAAAGACCCAAAGAAGACGCUGUCGUAGUGGAGAUCAUUGAGGAA